UUCCUCCCAGUUAUUUUCUAUUUCACUCCUAGUCUCACCCCUCUCGCGGUCCGUUCUCCAGACGCAGCAGCUCGGCUGGUAUACACCUAUUCUCGGCCAACCACCCCUGUCCCACAGAGAGAAGAGAAAGAAUACGUGGGACACACGAAAGAUAAAGUAUCCUAGCUUUUGUAGUUUAGAUUUAUCCAGGACAAUCAGAGCGGAUAUCCAUCGACACAGAAAGAAACCCCGCCUUUACUCGUCUCGCGGUCUCUCAACUUCUCCCACCUACUCUUUCUUUUUAUCUCAAUCCUUCUUUCUAUUAAAAUAGUUUUUGACUGGAUGGAAAGAUGUGGAUAAACUGCGGAAGUGGUCAGGUCGAACCCUAAUCUAAAACAACGAGACACCCGGGCCGUCACGAACGCAGCAGGCAGAAUAUAUUCAACAGGACGGAGCUAUACUUUCUCUGGUUGGACUGAUUUUCUGCUGAGCGGUCGAACUUUCUGAAAUUUGCAUAUAGGCUACUGCUAUCUGUUCCGUGUGCUCUAACCCAAAGUCUCAUACAUCGCCUUGGACCUCAGUGAGAGGGGAUUGGGACCAAAGGGUUGAGAAACUCUAUGUUAGUGUUAGUCUGCUUUGACUACUCACAUUCUCCUGUCAGACAGUGCCACAGAAACAGAGGGAGGAAGAGAGAUGGCACUUCCACUCUCCCAUCCAGCUAGAGAGGAAUCCUCCGUCUGAUUGGCUCAGAAAAAUGGCCAGAGUCCAGUCACAUGAUCCUGUCAGCCAAUAGGAAGGGGAGUUGGGCUUCUGUCAGGAAAAGUGCUGUUGCAGGCUGGAUCCUCUGACUGACCUGAAAAAUAUGGUGUCCAGUCUGAGCGAGUGGUUCUGGAAUGAGCGGCUGUGGUUCCCUGAGGGGCUGGGUUGGGCUGACCUGGAGGACAAAGAUGGCCGUGUUUACGCCAAGGCCAGCGACCUUUGGGUGGUGCUACCCAUCGCCCUAGCCUUCCUCGUAAUACGACAGAUCUUCGAGAGGUUAGUGGCCACCCCACUGGCUGCUGUCAUGGGGGUGAAGGAGAAAGUUCGGCUCAUAGUCUCACACAACCCCACACUGGAGUCCUUCUACUGUAACACAACCAAGAACCCCUCACAGAGUUCUAUAGACAGUCUGUGUAAGCAGACAGGUUGUUCAGAGAGACAGGUGCAGAGAUGGUUCAGGAGACGCAGGAACCAGGACCGACCCAGUCUACUGAAGAAGUUCAAAGAGGCCAGUUGGAGAUUCACCUUUUACCUUCUUGCUUUCAUUGCUGGCCUGGCUGCCCUCAUUGACAAACCCUGGCUGUAUGACUUUAAGGAGAUGUGGCAGGGCUUCCCUAUUCUGACUCUCCUGCCGUCUCAGUAUUGGUACUAUAUGAUAGAGCUGGGUUUCUACGUCUCUCUAAUCUUCAGUGUGGCAUCAGACGUCAAACGGAAAGACUUUAAGGAGCAGAUGGUUCACCAUAUGGCCACCAUCUUCCUCAUCAGUUUCUCCUGGUGUGUCAACUACAUCAGAGCGGGCACGCUCAUCAUGCUGCUGCACGACUCCUCCGACUAUUUACUGGAGUCCGCUAAGAUAUUCAUCUAUGCUGGAUGGAGAAACACCAGUAACUACGUCUUCUUCCUCUUCGCUGCCGUCUUCAUCUUCACUAGACUCUAUAUCUUCCCCUUCUACAUCAUUUAUUCUACGUACAUUUAUCCAAUGACUAUGUACUCUCCGUUCUUUGGAUACUACUUCCUGAAUUUCCUUAUGAUGGUGCUGCAGUGUCUCCAUAUCUUCUGGGCCAUCCUCAUUCUGCGUAUGGCCGUCCGCUUCCUGAGCAGCGAUGAAAAGGUGGAGGACGAGAGGAGCGAUAAAGAAGAGACAGACGAGUCAGGGGAGGAAGAGGAGGGGGUGGAGAAGAAAGGUGCGGUGCAGAAUGGUCACGCCGCUCACAACAACCACCGCAAGACGGAGUAAUGAAAACGUGUGCCAGGAAGUAAGAGUGUGAAGAAUUCACAUCCCUCACUCAGCAGAGUAGGAGAGAUGGAGGGAAGGGGAAAGGGAGAGAUGGAGGGAAGGGAGAGAUGGAGGGAAGGGGAAGGGAGAGAUGGAG